ACAUUGAUGAGUGCACGGCCCAGGUUGCCUGUCCCUCCGGACUCUGCCUCAACACCGAGGGCUCCUACUCCUGCAUGGCUUGUGACGCCGGCUACGCCGUCUCCAGAGAUGGCAGCACAUGUGAAGAUAUGGAUGAGUGUGAGGACUCUGCUGUUCAGUGCCUAGGGGGAGAGUGCAGGAACACCCCAGGCUCCUACAAGUGCCACUGCCAGGCUGGUUUCGAGCUCAUCAACGGCACUGUGUGCGAAGAUGUGAAUGAGUGCCUAAACAGCGAGAUCUGCAGCCCCAAUGGCGAGUGUCUCAACAGUCAUGGAUCAUACUUCUGCAUUUGUGCUCCUGGCUUCUCAAAUGCAGCUGGGGGAGUCAGCUGCCAAGAUGUGGAUGAAUGUGCAGACAAGUCCCGCUGCUCGCAAGGCCAGUGCCUGAACACAGAAGGCUCCUACAGGUGUCUGUGUGAAAAUGGGUUCAAACACUCCCAGGAGACCGAUGACUGCGUGGACGUAGAUGAGUGUAAAGAAUAUGGGGAUGCCAUCUGCGGCACGUGGCGGUGCCAGAACAGCCUGGGCUCCUACCGUUGUAUCAUGGGCUGCCAGCCUGGCUUCCACUGGACCCCCUUGGGUGACUGCAUUGACAUAGAUGAGUGUGCCAACGAGACGCUGUGUGGGAGCCACGGCUUCUGCGAGAACUCGGACGGCUCCUUCCGCUGCCUCUGCGACCGUGGCUAUGAGAGCUCACCCUCCGGGCACUACUGUGUGGAUGUGAAUGAGUGCGAGCUGAUGGUUGCCGUGUGCGGGACCGCACUCUGCGAGAACGUGGAGGGAUCCUUCCUUUGCCUCUGCCCCAGCGACCACGAGGAGUAUGACACAGAGGCAGGGCAGUGCCAGCCCCGAGCAGCCAUGGAGGGCCCCAAGACACACGCAGCCCACCUCUCUGACAGUGCAGAGCGCAAGCAGUGCUACUACCACAUCAGCGACGUUCACCUGUGUGACAGUGUCCUGGCCAAGAAUAUCACCAAGGAGGAGUGCUGCUGUACUGUGGGGGCAGCCUGGGGUGACAACUGUGAGACUUACCCCUGCCCCAUCCCAGGCACAGUGGAGUACCAAGAGAUCUGCCCUCUCGGGAAGGGCUAUGUUCCCCAGGAAGAUCUGCUCUCAGGAAAAGUCUCUUUCACAGACAUGGACGAGUGUGAGAUAUUUGGCUCCGAGUUCUGCCGCAAUGGACAGUGUUUGAACACGGUGCCGGGCUACAAGUGCUUCUGCCAUACAGGCUACUUCUAUGACUCCAGCCGGCUUGAGUGUGUUGACCAGGACGAGUGUCAAAAUGAAGUGUACUGCAUCAACGGUGAGUGUCUGAACACGGACGGCUCCUACCACUGCUUCUGCAGCCUCCCGCUUGUGCUGGAUGCCACCGGCAACCGGUGUGUGAACCUCUCUAGCCGGGCAGAUGCCCCAGAGGAGUAUGAAAUCCACCUGGACGUCUGCUGGCAGACUGUCGCCGACUACAUCUGCCAAGACCUGCUGCACGGCGAGCAAACCACGUACACUGAGUGCUGCUGCCGGCUCGGCGAAGCCUGGGGCCAGAACUGCGCACUCUGCCCGCACAGGUCCUCCGCUGAUUUUGCUUUCCUGUGUAAUGGGGCCAGUGAAGACAGUGAGAGAGGGGCUGAGCUCCGAGAAAGACCUAGGUAUGAGUACGGACCAGGCUUGGAAGACCCCCACUAUGGCCUUCCCAGCCCAGAUAUGGGCCCCUACUACAACUACCUGGAGUCUGAGUAUGGAAACCCCGAUGCUGGUUUCCCUCGGAGGGAACUCAACAGCGAGUUUCGUGGCAGCCCUCUCCACCAUGGCUCAGGGCGGUCCCCCCCCCGCUACCUGCCCAGCCAAACUGGCCUCUACGAGGGCUUCGAGGGGCUGCAGGCUGAGGAGUGCGGGAUCCUCAAUGGCUGUGAGAACGGGCGCUGCGUGCGUGUCCGGGAGGGCUACACCU